ACGUAUUCGAUAUAUUGAUAAAUAAACGCAAUCCCGAUAAUCGAAAUCGAUUCUCAUCGAUUAUUUUAAUUAAUACAUACGCUGUCUCGAAGAAUUUUCUAUGUGACGGCGUAAUGUUUCUUUACUAUUUGCGUUUUGUAUUUUUAUAUAUGUAGUUGAUACAAACUUUAAUAUACGUUUUUAACAUGUGACGUUAUGUAGUGUGUAUAUAUACAUAUAUACAUUGAUAUAAUUAAUUAUACGUAGGAAUUUAAAUACUUUAUUUAACAUCAUCAUGAAUGCAAUAAACAUGAACUGGUUAAGCUCAGCCGAGGGUGAAUCAUUGAUGCAUCAUUUUUAUAUAAAUUCAUCUAAGAAGAGAAGAUUUUAUGGUAUUUUGGAAAAGCCGUCAUUGCCAUCUUCCAUCGAGGAAGUUACUUAUAAAAUUUUUAUGAUUGGUAGAUCUGGUGUAGGAAAAACUUCUGUUAUAACACGUUUAGCUGGUUUUCCGGAACCUAAUAACUAUAUUGAAACGAAUGGUAUAAAAAAAACAAAUGUAUUUUGGCCAGUGAAGAUAUGGGAUAAAGUCAUAUUGUUUAAAUUACAAUUCUGGGAUACGUCGGAAAGCAGUAUUAAAAAAUAUAAUCAUAUUUUACCAACUUGUAAAGAUAAAGUAGAUGCAAUCUGUUCUGUAUUUUCCUUCGAUGAUGUAACCAGUUUUAAUGACAUACCUUAUCUGAUAAACACAAUGAGUACAAUCAAAGAAAAACCUGCAAAUAUAGUAAUCGGCACAAAAUUUAAGCCAUGGUCAAAUUCGAUGGUAGAAGAGACUCAAGUCAAAGAAUUCGAAGAUAAGUGGAAAGUGAAGAUUAUUAAAAUUGAUUCAAAUAAAUUAACCAACAGAUCCGAACUUUUUGACUGUUCUUAUCAACUAAAUACUAUUUGCAAUAUUUUGUGGAAUAGAGACAAAGAAUUCUUAUCCAAACAAAUUGUUCAAAAUUAAAAACUAUCGAUUUUUAAUCGUUUAUAAUACGUCGUUGUAGAUGUAUUCUUCAUUAUUUUAAUUAUUACUUGAUAUAACAAUCAAAUAUAUCAAAUAUAUUGAAAUAACCAUUUUUAAAUUAUGCGAUUUUCGCGCGUUGAAUCGAUCAGAAGAUUAGCGAAAGUCAAGAGCCAAUCGGAUCGUAGCUGCUAUGAUACUUCCUCAUUUACGUAGGAGCAAUCGUAGUAGACGGAAGACUGGCGUUAUGGGUUAAGAUUUUUCCAUUUUCUAGCGUAAAGAUUAGAAAUUUUCUAUUCAAAAAUUUGCAGUGUACAUGUAAAAGACUGUUUAAUAAAAUAGGUUAGUUCUUUCCUAAA